CUGCUUUCCUGAUCUAGCUUUCGCGCAGCUUCAUACAACCACUCUCACCCUUCGUCAAUCCACACAACCCAGGGGAUUAGAUCACUAUCAACAAUGGAUUUCUACCUUCGAUGCAAUUCCCUCAAAUGUCGAGCCCAACUGAAAGAGAGAGCAGUCGUCACGACCUGCUCACACAUCUUCUGUCUCCAAUGUGCCAGCAAUCUAGGACUUUCACAUCCAACAUCAGUCGACCGUCGUUGCCCGGCCUGCCAAACCAUCCUUGUCAAUCCAGACGACGCGGUCGCCACCAUCCUCAACCCAUCCGAAGACUACAAGACGAGCGUGCUCAGCGGACUGGACCCGAACACGAUCAUGGAAUGCGCCGGCCGGGCCCUGCUGUUCUGGACGUACCAGACCACCCAGGAAAUCUUCUACCAAGAAUUCCUCGGAAAGACCCUGACCGAGAAAUACGCCAACCUCAACACCCAGAUGGACAAGGUGAUCCACAACGCCAACUCGGAGAUCUCCGCCUUACAAGCACGAAUAUCAGACAUGCAAACCACGCAGGACCAACUCCGCAAAAAGAACCAAGAGCUCGUCGACCUGUACCGCGAGAAAUGCACCCGCUUCACGCAGAUCACCAACCUAUACAACCUGCUGAAAUCGCGCGCCAUGAAGUCGCAGAUGCAGACCGCCGCGACGGACUCGGUCCAUCAGAUGUUGAACUCGCUCGCUCUGCCCCACCCGAAUAACGUGCCGCCACCGUCGCCGUUUGCUGCUACAGCUUCUGGUCCUGCAGCAGAUGCAGCAGGUGCAGGUGCAGCGGGUCUCCCAAUGCACAUGCACACGCACACGGCACUGGGAUCCUCCAUGCCCCCGCAGACACCGUUGCACCGGUACCCGGUCGACUGCGAAGGCGUGGAACAGCUGCACCGCCACCAGCGCAGUGGAACGGGGAGCUCGAAGGGGGCAGCGACCCAGAAACAGAGGCAGAAUGCGGAAGCGGUGGCUAUGCCUCCGCCGCCGCUGCAGGGGCGGUUACUCGGGGAUCCGAGACAUCGUACGUCAGGUGGCUCCAGCACGCGCCCAACGACCGGAUCCUCGACGCUCCCGCAUGACAGCGUGCUGCUCGCUCGAUUCGGGGCCGACGGCGGACCGAAUCAUUCUUUUCUGGUCGGUGCCCCCGCGAUAUCCAGGGCCGACGGCGGACAUCGGCGCCCUGCCGACUAUCCCGGGGAGCCUCCGGGCGGGAGAUCCUAUUUCGACAGGACGGGGCUGUAGCCCUACGCAUGCAUUACAGGGACCCCUUCUCAAAAGUUCGAUAUCUGUGAA